UACAUUAGGCCACACCAAAUUAAAAACUUGGUCGCCGGACCCGCGCGCACGUAAUUUACAGCUUUUCAAAUAAUAAUAUUAAAAAAAAUAUCCCGCAUCCGGAAAUAAAUUGUCCGUUUUCCGCACAUUUUCGACUCUUACUUUUGGUUUUAUUUUUUAAGUCACGUUUGCGCUUGAAAUUAAGGGCUUUAAAACCGUACGUGUCCACAUCUAAACUACAUUGAAUGUAUCAUAAAUUUACCGCGUGGUUGUCAAAUUGACUGCAUUGCGAGAAUAUUACAGAUUCUUACAAGAAUGCCUGUGCUCGUGGUAAGAAUAAGUGACCAGGAUGGGGCGGAUAUACUUUCAAACACCGCCACGAAUUUUACAGGGGGUACAUUCUCCGAAUUGUUCGAGAAAUGUGUUCAUUCCAAAAACAUCACUUUGUCUACGGAUUCGAUCGUGGAGAUACGACUACGAGAAGACAGACAAGCCCAGUUCAUGCUCGCAGACAAUGCUGAUAUGGAUGUUUCAGAAAUAGCUGCUACACUCGGGUGUAAGUUUGUGCAAUUUAUUAUUACUCGGACACUUGCUUUAACUAGUUCCCAAGUACGCGAUGAUCCUGCCAGUGUAAAUGAUCGAAUCAACCGGGAGAUAUUCAAGACCCAGAAGGUCCGGGACGUAAUUGUCUGUGGAGAGUGUUCCAAGCCAAGAUGUGUUUACAGUGAUAAAAAGCUAACCCGUGAACAAGAGGAGCUGCUGCUGCGUUUGAAAGAGGAACAUCUGUACACAUGUGGCGACUCAUUAGUUCCAGAAGAUGUAGAAGAUCCAGGCAUGGUUGUUCGAGAGGCAGUGAACUGUUUGACUGAAGUGGAGACAAGUUACUUCUCUACAUCGUUGAAACAUUACUUACCACCAGUGUGUGUUCACUGUGGAAAAGUUGACAAUCUGUUGGAUGACACAGACCCUUAUAUAUCUGCUCUUUAUGAGAAAUAUUCUGUUGUGCGACCUUUGUGUGAAUAUUGUAAAAACACUGGUAAAGAUGCCAGAACUUGGGGGAAAAAGUUUCUCCCCAAGAAGUGUAAAAGAUAGACAAUAAACUUGUGUUUCAGGAUGAUGCAUUUAAACUUUGGGGCAAAAGUGACUUUUUUGCCAAAAAUGACUUUUUUGCAAUAAAAUGUUAUCGCUCGCCUCUA